AUGCCUUCAAUCAGCGUGCAUUGGACGCCAUUAAAGAUUGGGGCCAUCACUGCCGUGUUUUUGAUUAUUUCGGCAUGGUGGAUACUGCCCUUCCAGAUCCCCCAAGUGGCCGGAUCAAUCGCAAAUGGCUCGUCUGAGCCUUCAACCAAAACCAGCGCGGCCUCCAAGGAUAGGCCGCUCGUCGUGUAUGCCUAUCAUGAGUCCGAAAGCGCGCGGGCGAACUUGGAGUACUUCGUCACCAAGGGCCUCCACAAUGCGGCCGACUUCGUCUUCAUCAUCAACGGCGAGGCCAAGUCAUCAAGCCUUAUCCCUGAUCUGCCAAAUGUCAGAAUUGUUAAGCGGGAUAACACCUGCUUUGACAUGGGUGCAAUCGGUGAGGUCCUUCGUAAGGACGAUCUGUGGAAGCAGUACAAGCGAUUCAUCACGAUGAACGCUAGCAUCAGAGGUCCCUUCCUGCCGAUGUGGAGUUCCUCUUGUUGGACGGACUUGUAUCUCAGCAAGGUGACUGAAACAACAAAGCUUGUCGGCAUGACCCUCAAUUGCAAGCCAAGACUACACAUUCAAUCCAUGAUCUUCGCAACCGACGAUGUCGGCAUGGGCAUCCUCCUCGAUCCGAGCAUCGCAACCACGGCAUCCGAAGAUGACCAAUUCGGGUCGAAAGACUCUCCUGUCGGCCUGAGCGGAUGCUACGCGGACUGGAACGCCGCUGUUCACGCCGAGGUCGGAACGACUGGUUUGAUUAUGAAGGCCGGGUUCAAAGUCGAUGCGAUGAUGACAUCCCUCCAGGCUGAAGGCGGUGCCGAGGAGUACUGCAAGGCUCAUCCGGACUCCGGGGACGUGCUGUGGGACAAGAAGUAUUUUGGCAGCAACAUCCAUCCUUACGAGACCAUCUUCAUCAAAGCGAAUCGGAAUGUUGACCCGCAUCUGAUGUCGUCGAUGACUGAUUGGCAUUUGCGGAUGAACACUACCAGCUUUGAUACCUGCGGUUGA